CAGCGGACAUUUACCUACCAGCACCAGCUGCCGUCAACCAGCAUUUCGUGGUUCCGUGUCGUGGAGCUAAGUGUGCGGGGGACAGCUUUGUAUUCACCUCUGCUGAAGUCUGCAGAAGAGGAGAGAGAAAGCUGAUCGGCAUGGCCUCGUCUGACGAUGCAGAAGGCUCACUGACUCCUGUGGAUUUUAUCCAGCUGCAGCAUUACAUGGAAUACAGUAGUUUGAGUGUGAAAGAUGUGAUUAAGGAGUUUCACCCUGGGGGACGACUGAGCCAGCACAGUUUUGGAGAGUGCGUUGAUGCAGUGGGUUUCUGUCUCUUCAUCAAGACCUACCUAGAAGUGGAUGACUUCCCUGCAGAUUUCUGCCAACGACUGUUUCGCUACUUUCAACACGUAGAGCAGGAUGGGUCCAUGAAGAGCCCUCUGGCCAAAGGAGGUGGGGUCUUUCUUCGUGAUGUGUCCUGUUACUUCUCAGUGCUGGAGGAAGGACUGCCGCGGGAGAAGCUUGAAUUUACUUUCAGACUCUACGAUAAAGAUUGCAACGGACUCCUGGACAGCUCUGAGGUGGAUCGUAUCAUCACCCAGAUGAUGCGAGCUGCUGACUACCUGGGCUGGGACGUGACUGAACUCAGACCAGUGCUCAAAGACAUGAUGACAGCGAUCGAUGUGGAUGACAGUGGAACUGUCACUCUGGAGGAAUGGGUGAAGGGAGGCAUGAACAACGUGCCUUUACUUGUUCUGCUUGGACUGAAGAUGACAGAGAAGGAUGGGCAGCACAUUUGGAGGAUGAAGCACUUUAACAAGCCAACCUAUUGUAGCGUUUGUCAGAGCAUGCUGCUUGGCCUCGGGAAGCAGGGACUCUGCUGCACCUGUUGCAAGUACACCGUCCACAAUCAGUGUGCCAACAAGAAUCCAGAGGCGUGUGCUCGUACCUUUGUCAAAUCUAAAAAGGAGAUUGGUGUAGCAGCUCAUGACUGGAUCAGAGCUGACGGGAACUCCACCAAAUGUCAGAUCUGCCACAAGAAGAUCAAAACUUUAGCAGGGAGGCGUUGUGUGUGGUGCCAGGAGAUGCGUCAUGAUGAGUGUAUUUUCACUGGCUUAUCGUCCUGUGAUUGUGGACCGCUGAGAGAUCAUAUACUGCCUCCAUGGGCCAUUUAUGCCGUCUCAAAGGAGGAGGACACCAGCUUGUUAAAUGUCACUCCUGAUGGCCACGUCCUGCAGAUUCUUCCUAUUCCAGACACCCACCCUCUGCUGGUGUUUGUAAACCCAAAAAGUGGAGGAAAGCAGGGUGAACGAGUGCUCAGGAAGUUUCAGUACCUGCUGAACCCUCGUCAAGUGUACAACCUGUCCAACGGAGGUCCUGCACCAGGACUGCACUUCUUCCGCAAUCUGCAUGAGUACAGGAUCUUGGCUUGUGGAGGAGACGGCACAGUUGGGUGGCUCCUGGAUGCUAUAGACAGAGAAGACCUCCAGGUGCGUCCUCCUGUAGCUGUCCUGCCUCUGGGCACCGGGAAUGACCUGGCUCGCUGUCUACGCUGGGGGGGAGGCUACGAGGGGUCAGACUUGCGAGAGAUCCUGAAGGAGAUUGAAGCAAGCGAGCUGGUUCUCAUGGACCGCUGGAGCAUCCAGGUGAUACCGGACGACCCCCAAGAGGCAGGAGACCCUGUGCCCUACGAGAUCAUCAACAACUACUUCUCUAUUGGAGUGGAUGCCUCUAUUGCUCAUCGUUUCCACUCCAUGAGAGAGAAAUACCCCCAGAGGUUCAACAGCAGAAUGAAGAACAAACUUUGGUAUUUUGAGUUUGCCACUUCUGAGACCAUCUCCGCCUCUUGCAAGAAGCUCAAGGAUUGUCUCACGAUCGAGUGUUGUGGGAGAUCUCUGGACCUGAGCAGCAUGUCUCUGGAGGGCAUAGCUGUCCUCAACAUACCCAGCAUGCAUGGAGGCUCCAACCUCUGGGGCGAGUCCAAGAAGCCUGACAAUGUGCAAGACGUAGAGCACAGUGAGGUCAUCACUGACCCUGAACUUCUUAAAACUAUCUCACAAGAUAUGAGUGAUAAGCGUUUGGAGGUGGUGGGGCUGGAAGGAGCCAUAGAGAUGGGUCAGAUCUACACUGGACUGAAGAGCGCCGGGCACAGACUGGCACAGACUUCCCAAAUUACCAUCAGGACAGUCAAAGCCCUGCCCAUGCAAAUCGAUGGGGAGCCCUGGAUGCAGCCUCCGUGUACUAUCCACAUAACUCACAAGAACCAAGCUAACAUGCUGAUGGCUGCACCAACUAAACCAUCCGGCUUCUUUCACCUCAAGUAGAUGAAUGGUUCCACUGCAUCCUCCGACAGACCACCUGCAUUACUGUGAAAAUGAUGCAGGCUGCGUAUUUAAAAGAGAUUGUGACUGUGUGUUUUUAUUAUGUAGUAUUGUUGUGUAUGUCUUUUGCACUUAAUCCCUGGUAUGAUCUUAAAGGAUUUCAAAUUACAGACACUGUAGGCAGAGACCACACUGACAGACCAAAACAAAAUUUCACUACUCAGUGUGAUCACUGCUGUUGUGUGCCAACUUCAAUGUAAUAAAUUGAUGUUUUUUUGUUUUUGUAAAUGAAAGAGCAAAGCGUGUAUCUACAGUAUAUGGAAAAGGAAUAUAUUUGCGUAUUUAUGUUGUGAUUUUGUGUAUUUUUUGUGAUCAGUCGUAUUUACAGUCGUGUCUUGUUGUUUCAUGUGUUCUUCCUAAUGCAGCUGAUGAUGAACUGGCUUUGUUCAGCCUUCAGAAGCUCACAGCAGCAGCUCACCUCGUUCAACAAUGCUUUCCUACCUGUCCGUUCUUGCGUCUGCCACUGUCAGUGUUCAUCCAAGUCAAAAAGUGUAGUUGUGUUUUUUACUGUGUCUUAAAUAGGCUGAAGGAACAAUGUGAGAAACACUUGAUUGAAUGUGACUGAAUGUGAUUGAAUGAUUUGUUCUUCAGUUGGGGCAGAGGGGCUUUGACGUUGCUCAGACCAAGUUUAGUAUAAAAAACAACAUCCCACUAUAUUUGAUACAUUGAGGUGUACUGGUCAAGAGAAUUGUUAGGUGUCAUCCUGUAACUUUGCUGACAAUUGAUGUCUUUACAUUAUCUUUGUAGAGAUUCUCCCAUUGAUUAUGCUCCAUAAAAAAGUCACAAAAUACACAGAAACAUUCGGAAAUCUAAUGAAAUAUUACUGAUUGUGAAAUAAAAUAUGUGACUGGAGAGAUGUUUGGGAAAAACAUGCCAAGUUUAAGAUCGUUUCAGUGAUGUGCAUCAUGUGGCUUCAACUUUCAGGAUUCAGUCUUGUGUUGGGUUUCCAGUGUACGUAUAUACAUGUAACAUGCUUGUGUGUUCAUUUAUGACCUUGUCUUAAUAUCAGAUUGUGUAGCUGUCAUUUGCAUGUCUUGACAAUAGUGUAUACUCAUUAGCCUCAUACAACAUCACAUUGACAACAUUUAAUGAAUUGUCCUCAGAUUGACUCGCUGGCUAAUGGGCAGAUAAAGGAAAUAAUUACCAUCUGUUGCCCCGCUAUGAGUUUUUAUUUCCAAAGGAAUUAGAUUAAAAGACUUGUUUUUGUCUCUAUUUAAAAUUCUGUCUGACCUUUUAUAUUUGGGGAUCGUUGCAGCUCAAUUUUAGGCUUCUUAAGCUUUGGUUACACUGAAAUGAGACAGUAUUUAUAAUGAGGAUACCAAAGCCCUGUUUUCAUCUGAAUCUUAAACUCUCUCACAGGACAAAUUGCAGCAUGCUUGAAAGAUUACACAAUCAUACAAAUGCCAGCAAAUAACAUGCUGCUUAUGCUGCUUUGCUAUGCUGGUGUGGAAAUAACUCUCAUUUGCCUGUAACGCAUCUACUGUAUAUCACAGUAUGAAGCGUACUCCCUUGCUUGUCUGUCAUAAAAGAUGUU